AUGGCAGGCUAUAUGUCCCCCAAAGGCUAUGCUCCUUCAGCUCCCCCUCCCUAUCCUGUGACCGCCGGAUACCCGGACCCCACCCUGCAUCCUGCGCCCGGGCCCGCCCCGGUGCCUGCCCAGGUGCCGCUGCCCGCCCAGGUACCCAGCCCUGCGCCAGGCUUCGCUCUCUUCCCAUCGCCCGGCCCCGUGGCUCCAGGUCCUGCUGUCCCCUUCCUGCCGUUACCAGGAGUGCCUUCAGGCCUCGAAUUCCUGGUGCAGAUUGACCACAUCUUGAUUCACCAGAAGGUUGAGCGAGUGGAAGCGCUCCUAGGCUGGGAAACCUGCAACCGAUACGAGCUGCGCUCGGGGGUAGGACAGGCCCUCGGCCAGGCGGCGGAGGAGAGCAACUGCUGUGCCCGCCUUUGCUGUGGUGCCCGCCGGCCGCUGCGUGUACGCCUGGUGGACCCCUCAGACCGAGAGGUGUUGCGUCUGCUCCGCCCUCUCCACUGUGGCUGCAGCUGCUGCCCGUGUGGCCUCCAAGAGAUGGAAGUUCAGUCUCCACCAGGCACCACCAUUGGCCACGUGCUACAGACCUGGCACCCGUUCCUCCCCAAGUUCUCCAUCCAGGAUGCUGAUCGCCAGACCAUCCUACGGGUGGUGGGGCCCUGCUGGACCUGUGGCUGUGGCACAGACACCAACUUCGAGGUGAAGACCAAGGACGAGUCCCGCAGCGUGGGCCGCAUCAGCAAGCAGUGGGGGGGCCUGGUCCGAGAAGCCCUCACGGAUGCUGAUGACUUUGGCUUACAGUUCCCAGUGGAUCUGGAUGUGAAGGUCAAGGCUGUGCUGCUGGGAGCCACGUUCCUCAUUGACUACAUGUUCUUUGAGAAGCGAGGCGGUGCUGGACCCUCUGCCAUCACCAGCUAA